UAAAUUAAUUGCAGUGUGUUCAGUUAGUUUGUGAGUGUGUCUGUUGCUGGCCCUGCCUGCCUGCCAGAGAGGGGGAGUCGAGAGCUCUGCUGGGAACUACAUGGUGCUCAAUUUUUCAAGAUGUCGUCGCUGGAACAGAGGCUGUCGCGAAUCGAGGAGAAACUAAAGCAAGAAAAUGAAGAAGCUCGCCGGAGAAUCGACCUGAACAUCGACAUGAGCCCGCAGCGAUCACGUCCGAGGCCGAUCAUCGUGAUCCAGCUCAGUCCUGCUCCAGCCCCUUCCCAGCGUGCAGCGCUCCAGCUGCCCCUGGCCAAUGAUGGAGGCAGCCGGUCAUCAUCUUCAGAGAGCUCGCCUCAACACCACCCCUACCCCAGCCGCCCGCGACACAUGCUCACCCUGCCCACACCUCCAUACGGCCUACAGAAGAGCCUAGAGAAUGCAGAGAUCGACCAGAAAUUGCAGGAAAUCAUGAAACAGACGGGUUAUCUGAAGAUCGAUGGUCAGCGGUAUCCAGCGGAGGUGACAGACCUGAUCAGUGAAGGGGAAAUCGGCAGUGGAACCUGUGGACAAGUCUUUAAAGUGCGAUUCAAGAAGACUGGCCAUGUAAUUGCUGUCAAACAAAUGCGUCGUACAGGAAACAAAGACGAGAACAAGAGGAUCCUCAUGGAUUUGGACGUGGUGCUGAAGAGUCACGACUGCCCUUAUAUCAUCCAGUGCUACGGGGCUAUAGUUACCAACACUGAUGUAUUCAUAGCAAUGGAGCUGAUGGGAACGUGUGCAGAGAAGUUGAAGAAAAGAAUCCAGGGCCCUAUCCCAGAGCGAAUCCUUGGAAAGAUGACAGUAGCAAUAGUGAAGGCAUUGUUAUACCUGAAAGAGAAACACGGUGUCAUCCAUCGGGACGUCAAACCUUCAAACAUCCUCCUGGACGCUAAAGGUCAGAUCAAACUCUGUGACUUCGGCAUCAGCGGUCGCCUCGUUGACUCCAAGGCCAAGACCCGCAGCGCCGGCUGUGCUGCCUACAUGGCGCCAGAGAGAAUAGACCCUCCAGACCCUACUAAACCUGACUACGACAUCAGAGCAGACGUGUGGAGCCUUGGUAUCUCUCUGGUGGAGCUGGCCACAGGGCAGUUUCCCUACAAGAACUGUAAGACAGACUUUGAGGUUCUGACCAAAGUGCUGCAGGAAGAUCCUCCUCUGCUGCCUCUCAGCAUGGGCUUCUCCCUUGACUUCCAGUCCUUCGUCAAAGACUGCCUCACAAAGGAUCACAGAAAAAGGCCAAAAUACCACACAUUGCUGGAGCAUAGCUUCAUCCGGCGUUAUGAGGUGCUGGAGGUGGACGUGGCCGGUUGGUUCCAGACGGUGAUGGAUCGUACCGAGUCGCCUCGCAGCAGCCAGUGUUACAGCCAUCAGCACCAGCUCCACUCUCUCUUCAGUGUGAUUAUGACAUCACCGCCUUCAGCUAGUUCACAGAGAGAAGACGGAGCAAGAGAUAUGUUUUGAAUGAGCUGACAAAUAUUUAAGGAUUGUAUUGGGAUUGGGGAGGGAUGUGGGUUAGACUGGGGUUUGUAGUCUUUUGGGGGAGAUACAGAUCAAUGCUGUAAAGUAUAUCAACUGCAUGUUAUUGUCACAGUUGUAACUGCCAUGGUUUUUGUUUGUUUGUUUUUGUUUGUUUUUAUUUUCUUCCAGAACAACAGUUGGUUUUGGCGGGGAUGCACAAAACUUUAUCCUUAUUUAUGAUUUUUACACAUCUAGUCUGUAUUUUAUUUUUUAUUUUUUAUUUUUUUUUUGCAAGGAAAUAUCGUGUACUUAGAAAAAGACACACUUUGUUGCCUUUUUUAAAAAAAUGUUUUCUGACUUUUGCAAUAUGUUUUUCACUUUGGACUGUCAGUUUAAUGUGGAGGAGUGAGAGGAGGAGCUGUGUCUUUAUUAGCAGGCAGUGUUUGUUAGAAAAUCGUCCUGUUUUCCCCUUAUUUAUGUGCCGUGUGUUUUUCUUUUCAGUUAGUUGUGUGUGCGAGCGAAGAGUGUUGAUGAUGUUUAUUUCAUGUACCAAAAGUCUUUAUUGAUGGUGAUUAUCAUUAGCUUUUAUUUUAUAUUUUUAAUGAUUAUGAUUACUAUGAUUACUGUUAUUAUUUUGUUGCUAUUAUUAUUAUUAUAUUAUUACUAUUAUUCAGGGCAAAGUUGACACCAAAUUGAACAAAGAACUAAAGGGGAGAUCCCAGACUGUGCUGAGAGCUGAACAAAGGUUUUUCUUUUAAUGGCAAGGUGGAGCAAUUGUAAUUUUCUCACCGUUACGCUGUAUUAGUGUCUAUCCACCUAAUUUAAGUCAGCAUGUAAGAAAAACCUCUGAGCUGAACAUCAAAUAGUAUUUGAUUGUUAUUAUUAUCAUUUUAUCAUAUUUUGUUUUCCUUUGAUCAGAUAUCAUGAUCAAUUUGUUGUUACCCCACUCUGGGUCACAAAUUGUGUGCUGUUAUUUAAUUUCCCUCCCCCAUAACCCCGCCAAUUUCUUUUGGAUUUUAUUUUGUACUCUGUUUUAUUUUCAGUCUUUCUAGUUUGUCUGAUGCUGUAGUAGUGUGCUGAUUGGUCAAUUACCAGAGUGAUUUUUUUCUAAUGCUGAGACUGUCGAGACUGAUGUUGCACUUGUGAUGGGUUCUAUUUUUGUUUUGUUUUGUGUUGCAGAUUGUUGUGCAGAGAGGAGAAUAUUGGGUGUUUUCCUUAUUUUCUUUACGGUCACAGCAGAUAUUUAAUCAAUCAUAGAUCUGUGACAUAUUGCAAGAAAAUGAUUCUACAGUGUAUUUUUUUCACUGAUAUUUAUUUAUUGGUCAUUUGUGUGUGUGUUUUUUUUUUCUUUUGGUUUGAUUUAUUUUUAUGUGUAUUGCUUUUUUUGGAGGGCAAACAGGACUUAUGGUAGAGGUGGAGUAGUUUCUCAUUGGCAUUUUAAGAUUACAACAGAAAGCAUCUUUAAUGUAAGAUCGGAGAAACAAAUUUGACAUCCAUGAUAUUUGUUUGACCCCAACAACAGCGUGGUGUAUUUGAGCUGCCAUGCUGUGCUCCUGUGUUAAACCUUUAUUCUUUAAAUCUUGGAUGGUUUCUGAAUGCCCACUUUAGAGCAGAUUAAAUUUGAGUUGUUUGUGUUUGUUAUUCUAGCUGAUGAAAACUACUAUAAUAGUGGAUUGAUUGGCUUAUUAUAAACCUAUACUCCCUGACGUCAAGGCAGGACUUACCUGUAAUUUUUUUUUUUUUUUUUUUUUUGUAACGGCUUUUUUUUUUCAGAGUUUAGAUUGCAUGACUUUGCUAGUUUUGAGGACAGGGUGGUAGGGCUGAUUUCAGUCAGCUCUGGCACUAUUCAAAGGCUUCUUGUACGUACAUCACCAUUGAUUUAGUGUUUUGACAGUUGUAUCAGUCAACACAGCUUUACUGCCUGUUUUUUUUAAGUUGUUUGUUUGUUUUUUUGUUUGUUUGUUUGUUUUUUGGGCUGUGUUUUGUCCCUGAACCCCAAGUCUCAUUUCAAACAAAAUAAAUGCCAUUAUAUUGUGAAUACCUCAGGAUUUUUUUGGAGAAAAAAACAAUAAAACACCUAAAAAUCAAAUAAAUAAAAACUCAUUAAAAAGUCA